UUAUUUUUUAUUUUAUUUUUUUAACAAACUACUACUAAUAAUAAAUUUUUGAUAUGGAUACUAAAAGUAUUGAAGUACUUGUUGCUGGUUUACUUGAGAAACAUAAAAAUUCCAACUUAGAUGAAACAAAAAAACUUUUAAAAAAACAAGAAAAGAGUUUUGCAUCCUUAACAGCUGCAAACUUUAAAAUGUUCACAGAAAGGCUGAAUGAAUAUGAAAAAGAUAAUAUAAAUAAUCUUCAAAAGAUUAGCAAAAUUGAAAAUGAUUUAGAGAUAACAACUAAAAAAGUAAUCUCUCUUGAGGCUGACUUUACGGAAUUAAAGAAAUACAUAACGACCAGUGAUCAAAUUGCUACUGAGAAAUUCGAGGUAGUAAAAAAGAAAUCUAAAGAAAUAAAUAGUAAAUUAAGGGAUAAAAGUGAGUUAUUAAAGGUAAAAAGCAAACUAAGAGAAACUGAAGAUAGAUCGAGAAGGAAUAACCUGAGAAUCGACGGUUUAAAAGAAAAUGAUAAUGAAAGUUGGAGCAAUAGUGAAGAAAAAGUGUUGAAGCUAUUUGAAGAAUCACUUGGACUGAAAGAAAUUAAAAUUGAAAGGGCUCACAGAACUGGAAUCAGAGACGGCAAAAAAGUAAGAUCUAUAGUACUAAAAUUACUAAAUUAUAAAGAUAAAGAAAGAAUCCUAAAAAAUUCUUCAAAAUUAAAAGGCAAAAACAUAUAUAUAAAUGAGGAUUAUUGUGCGGAGACGGUACAAAUAAGAAAAGAAUUACGGAUGGAAAUGAAAAAAGCUCGAGAAGGUGGGAAAUUCGCGUUUAUAUCAUACGACAAGUUGAUUGUACGAGAAUGGUCUCCAAAAGAAAAGUAAAUAUUUUAUGUUUCUUCUAGCUUAACGGUACCUUU